UUGUUCCUUGGUCAAACAAAUAGUAGCUCACAAUCGUCUCUCUCACACUCACAUAUGGAGCUAUCAAUUUCUCAUCGUCUCUUCAACUCUUCUUCUUCAUCACUACCUUCCCUUCUCAAUUUAAGAACUAGGGUUUCACAAACCCUUCUUUUCUCCACAAAUAAUUAUCACCAAAAAUCACAUAUUUUCACUGGACUACACCACAAACUAGCGACUACUUCAAUGGCAGCUCAAACAACGAUUCCUCACGCUUUUGAUAAUGGGUCUUCGAUAACUUCCUCUGAAACAGGUCGUAUUGGGGAAGUGAAGAGGGCUACGAAAGAGACAAAUGUGUAUGUGAAGAUAAACUUGGAUGGAACAGGUGUUGCGGAGAAUAAUACUGGGAUCCCAUUUCUUGAUCACAUGUUGGAUCAACUCGCUUCACAUGGAUUGUUCGAUGUGCAUGUAAAAGCAACUGGGGAUAUUCACAUUGAUGACCACCACACAAAUGAAGAUGUUGCACUUGCCAUUGGAACUGCAUUGUUGCAAGCACUUGGCGAUAGAAAGGGAAUCAAUCGAUUUGGUGACUUUUCAGCUCCAUUAGAUGAAGCACUGAUUCAUGUUUCACUGGAUUUAUCAGGAAGGCCAUAUUUGGGCUAUGAUUUACAAAUACCUACUCAGAGAGUUGGAACUUAUGACACUCAGCUGGUGGAACACUUCUUUCAGUCUUUAGUCAACACUUCUGGAAUGACGCUCCAUAUUCGGCAGCUUGCUGGAAAAAAUUCUCAUCACAUCAUUGAGGCAACUUUCAAGGCGUUUGCUAGAGCUCUUCGGCAAGCAACUGAAUAUGACUUGCGUCGUGGUGGAAGUGUGCCCAGCUCAAAAGGGGUUUUGUCCCGAUCGUGAAAUAUCUAUUUCCGCAAAGAUUCACAUUCUUUGAGUGAAGUUUGCUGCACUGCUAUUCUGCAAGGUAUAUCAUGAUUACUAUAACCCUGUGGCAGAAGAAGUGGAUCAAGAUACAUCAGAUGUUUCUCUAGCUCUUUCCAGAUAUUAUUUUGAUAUCUACAAAUGCUACAAGACGAAUGCAGGCAGCUACUUUCAGUAUUUCAGUUUUUAUGUAUGAAAUGUUGGAGGUUUGACUGGUGAUGGAGGCAUUAUGCUUUUGUUUGGUUGUAAUCUUUUUUAUUACCAGAGGUCAUUUGUACUUUCGUGAAGAAAGAUUGCUUCUGUUCUUUUAAGUUGCCUAUUACAAGGGUGAUAUUUUAAGAGGAUAUAUGAGUGAGCACAAUAAAAGGUCUCUCUCUCUCUGGAAUGUAGGAGCAAUCUAUUCCAGCAAAACAUGAGAUGUAACUUGACCCUAUGCCAAGUACAAGCAAAUUUUUUCUGUAUUUUGUGGUUGCAUGCAA